UCGCCUUAUCAGCUACACCUUAAAAAAUCUCUCUUUUUCUUCUUCAUUUUCCAACAUCACCUUCUCACGCGCCGCCGCCGCCUACUCUUCCGCCGGCGGGAAAUAUCCAUUCCCUUUUCUUUCCCUUCCCUCUCCUCCCUUUUAUUAAAAAAAAGAAGAAAAAAAAGGUCACCUAAACAAAACAAAGUUUGCUUCUUUAGGAAAGGUUUUUUCAAAAGCACUUGAGAUUUUACCAUAUCAUUUACUAUCACAAUUAUUUUACUCGUUAAGGUUUGUUUGAUUAAUAACAAGAGGAGAGGGAAGAAAGAAGAAAAAAACCCCAAAAAAAAGAAAGAGAAGGAAAGAGAAAAAAGAGUUUUUUUUGUUGGGUUUUUAGCUGUUGGUUUAGGGUUUUCAAAGAUGGCGCAUGUUCAAGUUCAGGGACAAAGUGGGGGCGUUAACAAUGGAUCUGGUGGAGCCAAUAACCAGUUUGUAACCUCGCUAUAUGUUGGGGAUUUGGAUCCAAGUGUGACCGAGACUCAGCUUUAUGAGUACUUUAACCAUAUUGGUCAGCUGCUUACGGUUCGGUUAUGCACCGAUUUGUCGACCCGGAGGUCCCUUGGUUAUGGUUAUGUCAACUAUGGCAAUCCCCAAGAUGCUGCAAGGGCAUUGGAACUUCUGAAUUUCACUCCUCUGAAUGGAAAGCCUAUCCGGAUUAUGUAUUCCAACCGUGACCCCAGUCUUCGUAAAAGUGGUGCAGGGAAUAUAUUCAUCAAGAAUUUAGACAAGGGAAUCGACCAAAAAGCUUUGCAUGAUACGUUUUCUGCAUUUGGAAACAUUCUCUCUUGCAAGCUAGCCACAGAUUCUUCCGGCCAAUCAAAAGGUUACGGGUUUGUACAAUUUGACAACGAAGAAUCUGCCCAAAAAGCAAUUGAGAAGUUGAAUGGUAUGCUAUUGAAUGAUAAGCAAGUCUAUGUGGGCCCUUUUGUUCGCAAGCAAGAAAGAGAUACUUCUACUAGCAAGACAAAAUUUAACAAUGUCUACGUAAAGAAUCUCUCGGAAUCAACUACCGAUGAAGACUUGAAUCAAACUUUUGGUGAAUUUGGUCCGAUCACUAGUGCUGUGGUAAUGAGGGAUGCUGAUGGGAAAUCCAAGGGCUUUGGGUUUAUCAACUUCGAGAACGCAGAUGACGCUGCUAGAGCCGUUGAGUCCCUCAAUGGAAAGAAAUUUGACGAUAAGGAGUGGUUUGUCGGGAAAGCUCAAAAAAAAUCUGAAAGGGAGGCUGAACUGAAACAUCGAUUUGAGCAGACAAUGAAAGAGGCAGCAGAUAAAUUUCAAGGAGCGAACUUGUAUGUCAAGAAUUUGGAUGAUAGCAUAAGUGACGAAAAGCUUAAAGAGCUAUUCUCUCAAUAUGGUACCAUAACAUCAUGCAAGGUUAUGCGGGACCCUAGUGGAAUAAGUAAAGGAUCAGGGUUUGUUGCGUUUUCGACCCCAGAAGAAGCUUCUAGAGCUCUUGCAGAGAUGAAUGGCAAAAUGGUUAUCAACAAACCUCUCUAUGUUGCACAAGCUCAAAGGAAGGAAGAUAGGAGAGCCAGGUUGCAGGCUCAGUUUUCUCAAAUGCGACCACUUACAAUGGCAUCUUCUGUUGCACCACGAAUGCCGAUGUACCCACCUGGUGGUCCAGGUCUUGGACAGCAAAUAUUCUAUGGUCAAGCACCUCCGAUUUUCCCCCCUCAGCCUGGAUUUGGAUAUCAGCAGCAGCUUGUUCCGGGUAUGAGGCCUGGCGGUGCUCCAAUGCCAAAUUUCUUCGUACCAAUGGUUCAGCAAGGUCAACAGGGUCAGCGUCCUGGUGGGAGAAGGGCUGGAGCUGUUCAGCAAAAUCAGCAACCAGUUCCAUUAAUGCAGCAGCAGAUGCUACCCCGAGGGCGGGUCUAUCGCUAUCCAGUGGGGCGUGGUCUACCUGAAGUUUCGAUGCCUAAUGUUCCAGGAGGCAUGCUUUCUGUUCCAUAUGAUAUGGGCAGCAUGCCAAUGCGUGAUGCACCACUUUCUCAACCAAUUCCAAUUGGAGCUUUGGCCUCGGCUCUUGCAAAUGCUACUCCAGAACAGCAAAGAACGAUGCUGGGGGAGAAUCUCUAUCCACUUGUCGAGCAGCUGGAACCCGAUGCAGCAGCCAAAGUAACAGGGAUGCUUCUGGAGAUGGACCAGACGGAGGUUUUACACUUGCUCGAGUCACCAGAAGCUCUAAAAGCCAAAGUUGCAGAAGCAAUGGAAGUUCUGAGGACUGUAGCACAGCAACAGCAGCAAGCUGGUGGAGCUGCUGAUCAGCUGGCUUCAUUGUCUUUAAAUGACAACCUUGUUUCAUGAGUUGGUAGUAGUGUUGGCCUUUAAUGUGCUAAAAAUGAGUUGGCUUGGUUAGAAGGAUUAUUGAUUCAGUACUGUUUUGGAACUUGAAAAAUACUGUCACUGUUAUGGGGUUAUAGUUGUGACUGAACUUGGUUUUUCACUGUUCAUUUUUAUCUUUUUUGGAUUUGGAAUUUUUAUUGUGUGCCUUUUGGGUGAAAAUUUUUGCAGAUUCAUUGGCUUUUUUGAGAUUGUGAUUAA